AUGAUUGUAGAAACUUUUAUUGAUGGGCGUUAUGAACAAUUUCAAAUAACUGAAAAAGUUGAGACAAUAGAUGAGAUUGCCCAGUUAAUUUCUUAUAGUAAAAGAAUUUCAAAAGAGACAAUAUGUUUUGUAUAUAAUGGAGAGAUUGUUGAUCCAUUACUUUCUUUAAAUGAUUUAUCACUUAAAGAUACAAGUAAACUUCGGUAUUUUAUUAGUCAUUCAACUUUAGAAAUUAAUGACAUUCAUCCUCAAGAAGGGUAUACAUCAGGUGGUACACAUGUCACAUUACAAGGGAAUUUCCCUGAGUCAAAUGGAAGGUAUAUUGUUCGAUUUGGGACUUUAGAAGUUGUUGGACAAUAUAUUAAUACCAAUACAAUUACUGCAAUUACACCACCACAUGCACCUGGGCCUGUUAGUGUUUUUAUUAAAUUAAAUCAAAACGGACGUUUUAUAGAAGGGAAGACUUUAUUUAGUUAUGUUAAUCAUGUAGUUGGUCCAAAAGAAAUUGAGGUUCAGUGCUUAGAUAAAAUGAGUCACCAAAUGACAUCACAACGAUUUGCAUCUGGUUCAAAUGGUCUUUAA